CAUGUAGAUUUCAGACAGCGACCAGUAUAAACCGGCGUUGUUUACGUUGGAAACGGCAAGUAUUUUACACGGUCAUACCUGUUCUGUGGGCAUCUCCUAACUGUCAACACAGUGAGCAACAGUUUCCGCACAUAAAUUCGAAAUGGCUAGCGGAGGACUCUCUGAUGAGGAGGUGAGCGAGCUGGUUGAUAAGCUGAAACAGUAUGCUAAACUGGCACAUAAGGAAAAUCUGACUUCCCAGGCUACAGGGAAAAUUACAAAAGACAACCUUCUCUGGAAGGAACUGAGAACGGAUAUGGAUUCCAGCAUCUUCCCUGUUUGUAAGGACGACAAGACGAAACCGUUUAUGACCAUUACCAAGGAAAAGUCUAUGAAGUUUCUAGCAAAAUCUGCCGAAAAGUUAGAAGCCAAGAGAAAGGGGAAGAAACCACCAGAAGGAAGUACAUGGGAGAAAGAACUAUUAAAAAAUCUCAAAGGAACACAACUUACUGGGGUAACGAAAGAAUCUAAGUCUGGUAAUGUGAAGGGGAUGACCGACACCAGCGCCUACACCGGCAUGCAUGCUAACAAGUUCGACAAGGACGGAAAGGGCUUAGGUGGCGGCGAUGCAAGAGUCGAUAACUCGGGAUAUGUCGGCGCUUACAAAGGGAAAGACACUUAUGACAAAAAGUGAAAAAAAACAAUGGACAGAGAUCUGAGAUCAUGGCGGUUUAAAACAAAUCGAAAAGGCUUCCUAUGACAAGGAGGAGUGUCAACUUGACUGAGAUCUGUGAAACCUUUGUAGAUAUUGGGGUUUCUUGACACUCUUAUCUGUACUAGGUAUAUUUGCAAUAUGGACAUGACACCGACAGACACAAACAAUUAUUCAGUUAUAUUUUAUUUUGGUGAAGAACGGUUUUUCGAUAUUUUAGCUGGUUUACUCUAGAAUGCAUGAUAAAACAACUCCCAUGAAACAUUGAACAGAUUUGGAGGAGAGAACGGGUGAUACGAUACAAUGUUGUUUGUGCUCUAGUCAGUGAAACUAUCUGAAAAUUAAAGAGGGUUGUGAAAAGCUAUGUCUAGUUAGUAGUGACAAAAGGCUGCAUGCAUAUACUGCUUAUUCUUCUACAGUUUACCGUAAAUAAUGUACAAUGAUACAUCGGCUAGUAAAAAGAUAUUAGCCUUAUUCAGUAAAAUUAUGAUAAGCUGGCAACAUUCGAAGAGUGCCUCAUUUAUCCCCGUCCUCCCCUGCAUUUAUCGCUGGGGGAACAUUUUAUCUGUAUCAAUGUUUAACUGAUAGUAAAUGUUUAUAGACUAUAUUACGGUCGCUUUCAUGGCCAAAUGUGUGUUGUUGUCCGUCCAAACCGUGAUUCGCUGAGGUCAGAGAUCAUAGGUUAUUAAGCCAGCUGAUAUAUGGCCUCAGCAUGCUUCUGUCUGAGUAUUUAUAUUAUUAAGUGUGUUUAUCCAAUAAAGGAUAAUUUAUCCACAG